AUGUAGUUUGAAUUUUCGAUAGAUCGUGGAGGAACAUUUACAGACAUAUACUGUAAUAUAUACAACGAUUAAAUAUAUCAAAAAAAUCUGGUAAAAAAAGUCUUAUCAGAAAAUAAUACAUAUGGAGAUGGUCCAAAUGAAGGCAUCCGUUAAAUAUUAUAAGAAAACUUAAACAUAGAAAUUUCUUUAAAUGAUAAAAUUCCAUCCUAAAACAUAAAAGAAAUUCGCAUAGGUACAACAGUUGCCACUAACGCUUUAUUACAAAGAAAAGGGGCUCGGACAGCCUUGAUAGUAACGAAAGGUUUCUAAGACAUAUUAAGAAUAGGCAAUUAAUCUCGUCCGAAUAUAUUUGAUUUAAGAAUUUAGAGAUAUCCAUAAAUAUAUGAAAAAGUAAUAGAAAUAGACGAGAGAACUUCUUAGGAUGAAUAUAUAUAGAUUAUAAAGGAAAUAAAUAUAGAGGAAGUUCGUGAAAAACUCCAGGAAUUAAAAAAUUAAGGAAUUCAGUCUAUUUCGGUUGUUUUUUGUCAUUCUCCUACUUUUUAUUAACAUGAACUUUUAGUUGAAAAAAUCGCCUUAGAAAUGAAUUUUUUUAAAUAAAUUUCACUCUCGCAUAAAGUAUUGCCUUUAAUAAAAAUGCUUCCAAGAGCAUAUACAACUACUUUAGAUGCUUAUUUAAAUCCAAUUAUUGUUGAAUAUAUGAAUAAUUUUAUAAAUGCUUUUGAUGAAAAUUUCAAAAAAGUUCCUCUUUCUUUUAUGUAAUCGGAUGGCGGUUUAUGCUAAUUUAAUCAUUUUACUGGUUCUAAAUCUCUAUUAUCUGGGCCUGCGGGUGGGGUAGUCGGUUUUGUGAAUACUUCGAGAUUUCUAAUAGACAAAAAUGACCAUUUUAAAGGCAUUAUAGGCUUUGAUAUGGGUGGUACAUCAACUGAUGUAUCCCGAUAUUCUAAAAAAGAAGGAUUUGAACAUAUAUAUGAUAGCUAAAUAGCAGGAGUAAUGAUCCAGACAGCCCAUUUAGAUAUAAAUACAGUAGCAGCAGGUGGUGGAUCAAGACUUUUUAUCAAAAAUGGAGCUUUUUUGGUAGGUCCGGAAUCUUCAGGAGCCAAUCCAGGGCCUGUUUGCUAUGGGAAAGGGGGUUUUUUGUCAAUUAGUGAUGCUAAUGUGGUUUUAGGGAGACUUUAAAGGGAUUUUUUUCCAAAGAUUUUCGGAGAAAAAUAAGACUAAGGUCUUUUUAUUGAAGACACUUUUAAAAAAUUCGAAGAAUUGAAAAAUGAGAAUUUCGAAGUUUGUAAUAAUAUGAGCAUUUACGAAAUUGCAAAUGGAUUUAUUUAAGUUGCAAAUGAAAGUAUGUGCAGACCUAUAAGGAAUUUGAGUUAAUAGAAAGGCUGUGAACCUAAAGGAGAGGUUUUAGCGGUUUUCGGGGGUGCAGGGGGAUAACAUGCGUGUCUUAUAGCGGAUAAUUUAGGUAUUUAGUAAAUAUUUAUACAUAAGUUUGCAGGUAUCUUGUCCGCUUUUGGAAUAUAGGAGGCUGAUUAAGUCGAAGAUAGGUCCGAGAGCGUCAAUAUGGAGUUUUUGAGGUAGGUUUUGGUGGAAAAAUAGGUUUUAGUGGAAAAAAUGAAGGAUUUGAGGAAAAAAAAUGAAGAGAAGUUCUAAAAAGAUGGGCUUUUGGCUAAUGAUGGGGUUUUUUUUAAUGAGGAAUUUUUAGGGAUGAGAUAUGAUGGAACAGACACAGUUUUGUAAAUUAGAUUCGAAGAAAGUAUAGUUUGGUAGGAGCUUAAAGAUAUCUAUGAGAAGAAAUAUAAGCAAGAGUUCGGGUUUUUAUUGCAAAAAAGAUGCAUUAUUAUAGAUUUAGUCAGAAUUUAUAACCUUCCACUAAACUAGAAGGUCCUUCCUUAAUUAUAAAUGAGACUUCAACAAUUUUAAUAGAGCCUUUUUGGAGUUGCAUAAUAACACGAAAAGGUAAUUUGA